AGCAACAGUUGAGCUGAUUGUUCUUCCUUAUUCUUGAAUGAAAAAAGCUUACACACACACACACACUUGCAUGGCGUAUAAAGCAUUGACGCUAUGUACGUCGCUUAUGAUUCCGGAGUAGCACUGUACGAUGACGACUAUUCGCCAGAAACGGAUGGAUGGCUUUUUAUGGGCAGCAACAUCAGCAGGAGCCAAAAAUGGACCCAAAUGCUGACUGAAGAUACCCGAUAACGCACCGUUCUUUCCAUUAUCAUCAGCAGCAACCUAUCAAUGGGACCAAUGUCAAUGAUGGAUGACUUCUCUGUCAAUGUUGUAUCUACAAUUACCUAUCCAAGCCCUCAGCAGCAACAACUACCGCCACUACUCCUGCAACAACAAGAGCAAAAAGCACUGGAGCGACAAUUCAUUGCGGUUGCUGGUCCAGGUCUUGCCGAAUUGCUGCUUCCACACGAGGACACAUGUAUCCUUAUCGAAACCGACCUUGGCUCACGAACCCGUUGGCGAGCAGAACGACGUGUACAUUCUCCUCUAACAGACCCUUUUUACAAAUCGACGUUCUUUUGGCUCGCGAAUGCCGUGGAAGGGUAUUCAAGGUCAUCUAAUCAAGAAUCAAUUCUGUUCUGUGGCGAUAUAGUAAGAAAAUGUCAAGAGCAUGGGAAAAAAAAGGGACGACCCAGUAACAGAAAGAGAUCUUUCUUUGUGGAAAUUGCUUCUGGUGUUCAUCAAUGGAUGCCGCUUUGGGUCAAGGAAAAAAAAUGGACUCUAAACGAGAUUGCAAAGGAAAUACAUUUAUAUUCGUGAACGUGUAGGCAGCCUUUACGAUUUACAAAGAGGUAAGCCCCCCACCCCCCAACCCCAGCAAAAAAGCAUAUAAAGUCUUGUAUCCAAAAUCAUCAAUCCAAGAGAUGUACAAAGUAUGUCAUUGAAAAUUUCGUAGAGUAUCCAGAGGACUUGGUCA